UGGUGGUGGUGGUGGUGGUAGUGGCGGUACAACCUUGUGCCCUUGGUACCACGGUACCGUACCCUGAGGAACGAGGCUGGGUGUAUGUGCGCGUGGGCGUGUUCGUUCGGAAGAGGGAAAAACACGGGGAACUCAAAAGGACCUCACCGAAGGCGGUGGUGGUGCCUGCCAGCGAGUGUCUCAUCGAAUCACCCCGGUUGUCCGCCUUCUGCGCGAGAUCCUCCUCGCAUCGCGCGCCGUACCGGCUCGUGCAAGGCCAACCGCGCGAAUCGGUAUCGAACGAUACCGUCGAUGGAUGAGACAAUCGGGCGGAGCAACGUGAGGAAUAGCGAAAGAAAAUCGUACGUCCCUGGUACGUACAUAGUCUGGUCGCUGAACGAUGACCGACUGGCCGUUGUCACAGUGGAGAUGACUACCAGGUUAGUGGCUCGUCCCGAAGACGACGACGACGACGACGAGGUCCACGAGGAACGAGACUCGGGCGAUCACUGCCACUGAUAGAGACCCGGCACCCCGUCGCAGCUCACAUCGAUGCCGACCGCCACAUCCACGAUACAAGGAAUGGGGAGUGUCGGCAGCAACGUGACAGGGACGACGACGACAGACCCGACGACGUUCCUGCCAGAUGCAACGCCGACCCUGAGCGAGCGCGAGCAGCUCAAAAUCGAUUUCUACAAAACGUACGACUUGAUGACGGGGGUACGGAUCGCCGCGACCCUCGGCGGCUUCUUCAGCUUGAUGGUGUUGCUGGUGGUGUACAAGAGCAGAUGCAAAGCGAGCAAGCAACUGGAAGAUCCGGCGCUGACUGCGGCGGCAGCUGCUGCGGUCGCGGAAGCUGAAGCCGAAGAACAAGCACUCGCCGCCGCUCUCGAAGCAAUCGCCAGGUUACCAUCCAGGCCGGAUCGUGGUCCAAGAAGGUCGUUGUGCGUCGAGAUGAACCAGUCUCAUUCACCCGUGGUGCCACCUCGCUUCGCCUCAGUCGGAGGUGGGUACGACGCCCUGCUGGCACCGCCAAUCAGGCAACCGAGAUUGGCUCCCCCCGACGAUCACAGAAGAUGUAGCUCGGUUACCUGUAGCAGUACUGGAAGUAGUUAUCUGGAACGAAGGGGUUCAGCCAUGGCGAUGCCGUGCCUUCCGCCUCCUCCAUCCUUUCCGCGUCACGCUUACGAUGAGCCGUGGGAUUUAUAUUACCCUAUCGAUAUCCAGGUAAUACAGCCAACUCCGGAUUUAUCGCCGUGCGGCAGCGAAGCCGGUCUUUACAGCGGCGCGGUCGGCAACCUUAUGGCGGCAUCGUCGUCAGGUAGAAGGGCGCCAUUGGCGUCGAUGGGCAGCGUGGAUCCUCCUGAUCCGGAUUCUAGAUCGCUCGGCUCCGACUCUGUGUUCCUGAAAAACGAGGAAGAGGAGGAGCAGUGCGUCGACACGGAGGACGAAGUCUCAGGCUUCUCCACAGACUCGGAGGCGCCUGAGCCGAGUUGUCGGCGGUUCUUGCGGGUGCCUUCUAAGAAAAAGCGGACCCUCGAGAGAUGGGACGGGUGCGCAGGCUGUGUGCCCAGACGACGGGCCGGUAGCAAACCCUGCCAAGCGUGCUUGACUAUCAGCGCUGCCGUUGAAACCUCUAGGUCGCAGCCAGUUUCGACGACGACCAGUAGCAGCCAGAGUAGCGUGGCGUCCCCGCCGUGUUCACCGCCGAUUGAGCUCAGACACAGACCACCAGCGCCGUUGCCACCGAUCCCGCCGAUUUGGUCCCAGGAAACGCUCUUUUAGGAUGUCUAUCGUAGCGAGCAUGUCCUUCGAUCUGUUUUUACCGAGACACCAAGUUGGAUAUACGGAGAAUGUCAGCAUACGAGGAAAUCAUUUGCCCGAAAAAUCGAGCCGCAGUACUUGGUCCGAUCCCCAAACUGCCUGGUUGUGUCACUAAAAAAGUAAUAAUCUUCUUGGGCUCCAUCGCCCGUUAAACAUUGAUUUCGCGUAGACUCGUCGCGAAGAUUCAUUCAUUGCAUCGAACAGCGGACCUCGGUCUUAAUUCAGUCGGAUUCAACGGGAACGUCGCAUUGAAUCAUCGUCGGAACAUCAAAAUUUCGUUGCGACAAAAUUGCGAAUAAACAAAAUCGUAGCUUCGGGAACUAAUCGUGACAAAUGACAAGCAGAAAUGUUGUCCGAAUUAUUGCGUGAGAGAUGAGAGCCAUCGAAAUUCGCGCAGUCAUGGAGGGAAUAAGCGGGAAAGAGGCGAACGGUGGACGACGGGACGUGGAAGAAGCGAGAGGCGGAGAGCAUUUUCGCUCGAACGCGAAGAAAUAUCGGAGAUUUUCGAUAUUGCGACGGUACGGCCGCACCGGAACCGAAGCAAACUCAUCUUAGAGCAGUCUGGAUCGAAGCGCUUCGCGUCGACUCGGUGGUACACACGCUGUGGCGAGUACGGAACCCGGCUCGGAUUAUCCACUGGUCCAAAGGAUCCGACUGCGAGAUGCGUUUCGCGUGAUGAAGCUGGCGGCGACUCAAGUUUAGUUUACCUGAGCUUUCAUCGACCCCGACACAUUUCAGACGUCUGUCUAUCCCAGCGAAAUAAAUACGCGAACAAUGCAGCGCCGGGCCGGUUUAUCUCGGAUUUCACGUAAUUACAUUUUGGACCUUAGCUACCAGCAUCUCAGCAGCGGGCGUGCAGGCCGCGCAAAGUGUGCGGCAACUGGUUCAUCCGAGGGAUCGCAAGCCGCAUCACCGCAACCUCAUUUAAUUCUAAUCGACGGGCCGCUUUGUUGUUUCCUUCGUCGCAGCCAUCCGUUAUAGUGGGUGUUUCUUUGAUGUGAGCCGAUUCUCCCGAUGCCGGUGUGUGUCGAGAGAGGCAUAGGGCGCACGCUCGAUUAUAUUCGUGAUCCAUUAACAACGAAAGCAAGCAAAUGCACUUCCUCGUUUGGACAUUCGUGACAUCCCAAUUGGCAUCCGCAACAAUCUGCAAGAUCCGCAGUUUUCGCGGCGGGACGGCCGAAUUUGGGACGAGGACGCGUGGUGAUCUAUAUCGCACAAAAGAAACCCGAGAAACGAGCGGAGACUCGCUCCAAAAUCGAUCAGGGUGAAAUCGUGAAACUCGCAGCUCAGGAGACAGUCGUCGGGGAAACCGCGACGAGACGGCGGACCUUACGACGACGACGACGAUGACGACGGCGACGGCGACGACGACGACGACGACAACGACGACGACGUCGACGUCGCGGGGAAAUAGGGAAUUAUUUUUAUACAAGCGUGACGAUAAUCAAGCUCGUCGGGCUGAUCGUGAUGCUUCUCGUGGAAACAAUAAUACGCGCGCAAUACUCGAUACUGUACGAUAUGUCAGUGUAACAUGUGAUUGCCAACGGGACGAGCGGACGGACGAGUGAGAGAAACAACAAAAAGAAAAGAGAAAGAAACACAGAGGCUUGGGAUACUCAGGAGCGGAAGGGGAGGAACGGGGAAGGCAGCACUCCCAUUCGGAUGGCCGUCGUACUGGUUUCCUCCGAGGCGACUUCACCGGCGGGGAACCGCCGGCUCGCCGCCGCGCCGGUCCAACGUUACCCGCCAGUGCCAGGAAAUAAAACGUAUUUCUAUUCGUGUAAUCUUGUAAGUUCUUGUAAGGUUUUGGGUGUACGUGUACGUGUCUAUAACCCUCUUGCGUACGAUAGAUAAACGCCGUGCUCGACGGAGGGGAACCGGUAAUAGGGUGAUUACCGCAAACGGCCACGGCGAACUGAAGUUUCCGAAAGUUCCCCGAGUGCCCCAGCCGUAUCUUCGCAAAACUGCGUUCUGUUUCAUCGGUCGCCCCGGUAAAAUGGAACGCUGUUGUUCGACAAAUUCCUACCGCUGAGCCGGGAAUAUCCGAUCGAACUCGUCAUUUCGCGGGAAGCAGCGAUAAUACG